UAGACGUCGGUCGCAUAAUUUGUUAUAAUCAGAAUUAGCUGGGACGUAAUUAGGUAUUUAUUUGGAAUUGCGUGUAUGUCAGAUUUUUCUUUCUUUAUUUUUUUUUUUGGUUCUCUUCCUAUUAUUGUUAAAAGAUCAAAAUUCUAUAUAUAUUCAGCCUAAGCCUAAUCAGAAAAAGUUCAAGAAGUCCUAGAAUUUCCAUCAGAUAUUAGUUUGAUUUAUACCUAGCAUCAACGUUGUUUGAAUUUUCGUUUAAUUUUUUUCUUAUUUUGUUUUCUAGAAGUUUGUUGAUAUUUGAUACUGAAAUUCAUCUUUGAAAUUUGAUAUAUUAAUCAAGUGUGAUGUCUGUUCAGAAGAAAAAUCCAGUAACAGCCACCAGAAGGAAGCAUACAAAUUCAAAGCUUGGUUGCUUGAACUGUAAAAGAAAGAAAAUAAGAUGCAAUGAACAAUUACCUGUUUGUGGAAACUGUUUAAAAGGUAAAAAGGAAACAUGCUCAUAUCUAAGUUUAAGUGAACCAGAAAUCGAUAGAAUCAAGUUAACCCAUUCCUUAAGAAAUAGUCAGAAUAAACUAUUAAAUCAAGAUUAUAGAUUACCUACCUCAUCAUCAAAUCAUAAACAUCAAACCCAACUGCAUGAAACAUAUGAAAACAAAACUGAUAAUUAUGAUCAAGAACAUAUAUCAAAUAAGAAAAUAUCAUUAGAAAUAAAAUUUGAAUUAAGUAAACUUCCAUUAAGAUUCCCAUCCAUAUCAUAUCCUCCGGUUCAAUUUGAUAAUUUGACUGUUAAUGAUUUUUCACAAGAGUUCCGUUUAUUGCAAGAUUCGUCAUCAGACGAAGAAGCAAGAGGUCGUAAAAUUAAUCGGAACAAAUUGCCAAAUGGAGUUUUCCAACCUGCUACCUUUAAAAAACUUGAAAUCAAUAAAGUCUUUCGUAAGAGCUUUGCUAAUAAGACCAAAGUUAAUAAUGGUAAUGAUUUAAAUUUCCAUAUUUUCAUUGGUAAAAUUAAUAUAUUAGAUUUUUUUAAUGAUUAUUUAAUUGAUAUGUCAUCCGCCCAUUGGCCAUAUUCUGAAAUAGUGUGUGAUACAUUCAUUUGUUUAGGAGAAACUGUUAUUUUAAAUCAAUUUCAUCAAUCAUCCAAAUAUAAUUGGAGAUUUAAACGAGAUAGAAGUUUGAAUUUUGUUGAAGAAUUUGAAAAGAAAUGUUUUGAAAAUCAUGGUGCAAUGUUAACUAAAUUAAGACGAGGAAUUAUUCAAUUUCAAGAUAUUGAAGGUUCAGCAAAGAAUCUGCAAGAAAUGGGAUAUGUUUCAUCCUUAUUGGGAUAUUCAAGUUUUUUCCUUAUCUUUUCAAUUAUAAUGUUAAAAUUUAGUGCUGAAAGUUAUCUUAAUUCAUCAAGGGGUAUAUUUGCUGUAUUUGAAAUUUAUUCUAAAAGUAUAGUAGAAAACAAAUUAGUUCCUAGUCCCUUAUAUCAAUUUUUGCUGAGAAAUAUGCAAUAUAAUAUCUCCAGUAUAAAUAUUCCUUCAUAUGAUCCACAAUUCUUAGUUGAAUUAGAGUCUAACUUAAACCAAUUACAUUUUAUUUAUAAUCACGAUUUAAGAUUUAAAGAUGAUUGUAAUAAUUUGGCUCUUGAAAAGAUACGAUUCCAAUAUAAUAAUUUAGUGGAAUUUUUUAAAGUUAAAUUAAUGCCGAUAAUUUUCAAAACAAGAAAUGAAAAAUAUGUUACUACAUAUUCACCUACUACAAUUUAUGAAAUAUUAAAUGCUUGGUUUUCUAUAUUCCCCACUGAAUCUAUAUCAUAUAAUCCUCAAGUUAGUCAAUCAGCUUAUUCUCAAGAUGAUUCAAAAUUUGUCAAUGAUUUAACAACCACAUUAUACAUGUAUUAUCAAGGUGUUUCAGCUUCUUUAAGUGCCGUUUUUCCUGCCUGUAAAUAUUUAUAUGGGAUGAAUUAUAUGUUACCAUCUUCUACAUCAUUUUAUCAUGAUAGAAAGGUUAUGGAAACAAGUAAAUCGAAUCCAUAUUUACAACAAUAUUUCAAUUUCCCUGUUGAUGGAUUAUUACAACGUCAUAAUUAUUAUACCAUGAGGGUAUUUUCAUUUUUUAAUAGAAGAAAUAUCUUUUAUCAAAAUCAUUUGGUUUGGUCAUCUAAUCCGUAUAAUGAAUAUUUAAGAGCUAAUCGAUUCAAAUCUAGAAUUUUAGUGGAUUCUUAUGAAGUUCCAAUCAAGAGUUUUAAUACUACUUUGAUCCGUCCAGAACAUUAUCCUACUAAAGUUGAUCACAACAAUAAUAGCAAUAAUAGUAAUAAUUUCAAUCAUAAUAAUCGUGCUAUUAGUUUUAAUGGUGGUAGUGAUAAGGUUUCAGAUCAAAGUUUCAUUAAAAAGGCAGUACCAACUCCUAUAAGAACUACGUUAGGUAAUGGAAACACAUCAAAGGAAAUGGCUAAUUUUGUAUUCACAAGAAGAGAUGAAACCAUGAUUCAAAAAUUAUAUACUCGUAAUAUUGAAACAUUAAAUUUCUUUGAUCUGAAUUCAAUUUUACAAUUUGAUUAUCAAUCCAUGUUAUUAUUAAGAGAUUAUCGUCCUGGAGAAGAAUUAGAUGCCAAUAGUCAUAAUGAAUUAGGUAUUGAAGAUAUUCAAGAAUAUUAUGAAGAUAAAACUAUUAUAUUGAAUAGUUUACAUUAGGGAGUAGGUAUAUAUGUAUAUAUAAGAUUAUUUAUAGAUAAAUGAAUGUAAUGAUUAGAAGAU